GGGGCAGAGCUGGGCUGCUCAAGUGCCCCGCACGCCCCGGCUAGGGCAAGAAACUGCCUCUGGCUUCUCAGGGCGGCUGUUGUCCCGCAGGCUAAGGGCAGGGCUCCAGCAGCAAGUUGCGCUCCGGCCAGUAGAGAAGGGAAGGAAGGGGGGUUGUCUCGUGCCUGUCGCCCCCAGCCCCCAAGUGACGAUGCUCUCCAGACCCUGGUGCAGCGUGGUGACUCCCCAGCUGCUCCUGGUGCUGCUGCUGCCGCCGCAUCUUCCUCAGGUUCAGGGCCACAGGGCCACUGGGCCGCGGUUUUUAAUAAGCGACCGUGACAGAGACCCACAAUGUAACCUCCACUGCUCCAGGUCCCAGUCCAAACCCCUCUGCGCCUCAGAUGGCCGGACGUACGAGUCAAUGUGUGACUACCAGAGAGCCAAAUGCAGGGACUCAGGUCUGAGUGUGGUGCAUCGAGGCAGAUGCAAAGAUGCUGGCCAAAGUAAGUGUCGAUUAGAGAGGGCUCAGGCACUGGAACAGGCAAAGAAGCCCCAGGAAGCAGUCUUCAUUCCAGAAUGCAAUGAGGAUGGAUCAUUCACACAAGUGCAAUGCCAUACCUACACCGGAUACUGUUGGUGUGUCACUCCCGAUGGCAAACCCAUCAGCGGCUCUUCUGUACAGAAUAAAACUCCUGUAUGUUCAGGUUCAGUAACUGAUAAGCCAUCGAGCCAGGGUAACUCGGGGAGGAAAGUUUCUUUUCGGUUCUUUUUAACCCUCAAUUCAGAUGAUGGUUCGAAGCCCACGCCCACCAUGGAGACCCAGCCUAUUUUUGAUGGUGAAGAAAUCACAGCUCCCACACUUUGGAUCAAACACUUGGUCAUCAAAGAUUCCAAACUGAACAGCUCCAGUAUGAGAAAUUCAGAGAAAGUUCACUCAUGUGACCAGGAGAGACAGAGUGCCUUGGAGGAGGCCAGGCAGAACCCCCGUGAGGGUAUUGUCAUCCCAGAGUGUGCUCCUGGCGGGCUGUACAAACCUGUGCAAUGUCAUCAGUCCACAGGGUACUGCUGGUGUGUCCUGGUGGACACGGGGCGCCCCUUGCCUGGUACUUCUACCCGCUAUGAGACCCCGGUGUGUGAAAGUGAUGCCAGAUCGAAGAGCACAGAGAUUGACGAUCCAUUCAAGGACCGAGAGCUUCCAGGCUGCCCAGAAGGGAAGAAAGUAGAAUUUAUUACCAGCUUAUUAGAUGCUCUGACUACGGACAUGGUACAGGCCAUUAACUCAGCUGCACCUGCUGGAGGUGGGAGGUUCUCUGAGCCGGAUCCCAGCCACACGCUGGAGGAGCGGGUGGUACAUUGGUACUUCAGCCAGCUGGACAACAAUAGCAGCAGUGAUAUCAACAAGCGGGAGAUGAAGCCCUUUAAGCGGUACGUGAAGAAGAAAGCCAAGCCCAAGAAAUGUGCUCGACGCUUCGCCGACUACUGUGACCUCAACAAGGACAAGUCUAUCUCGCUGCAGGAGCUGAAGGGGUGCUUGGGAGUCAGCAAGGAAGGAGGUAGUGCUAGCAGUUUCCCCCAUGGAAAAAGACAAGGCAUUAACCCUUUCAUAGGACGCCUGGUCUAGGAGCAGAUAUGAAUAGAAGACAGGAGGCCACCCGAAGGAUGGACAGACUGACACCCUGCUGCCAUGUGGCAUUGGCAACAUCCAGCGUAGCAGAAGUGGCACCCAGAACAUUUGCACUUUUUUUAAUGAUUGGUUUGGUUUUUUUUGUUUUCUUUAAUGCCAUUAUCUAAUACUUUGGGGGAGGGGGAACGAGAGCAUGACUUAAAAAAAAAAAAAAACCUUUGGACGGCUACUGACAACUUAAGUUUCUGAGUUCACAGGGACUCAAGAAGAAAGAGAUUUUUAUAUACUGUAUAUAAAUAUAUAUGUAAAUUGUACAGUUGUCUUGUACAGGGGUUGGAGUCACUGUUUGGUCCCUCCCCUCAAUUUCAUAGGCUGUUAGGGUUAAAGGGACACCUUGACUUCUGGAAUCCAGUAAUGCAGUGAUGUCUGCAACCGAUCCAUCCUCUGGCCACAAAUUGCUCUCUCUAGCACCUCCGUGUGCAUAAAAGCAAGUGUAUUGCCACAGCUUGUGCUCACAGAUGUGCACUGGGGGUCCCAGUCGUGCAGUAGGCCAGCUGUUUCUUGGGAGUUACUGAAUACACCCAUCUGCCACUGGAGUUGAGGGCCCAUUGCGGUGUGCAGGACUGGGCCUUUGGGAGAGCAGCGCUCCUUUCCAUCAACGAACUGCAGAUAAACGAGCAGGAAUGGGUGCGAAGUUCAAACCUGAACCACGGGAGGCACAAAGAUAGCUCCAGCAGCGGCUGCAGAUUGGGUAGUGGUGAACAACAAACCUGUUGCCAUCAGACAAGGAAAACAUGUAGAGCAGAUGCCAUAUCUUGGACAUCUAGUGGCACCAAGGGCACAAGGAGGAGUGCCAACAGUAGGGAGACUCGGUAUAGGCCCCAGUAGUGCCAGUGGAGAACAGGGAAGGCACAGAAAUCCUGCAUCUUCACGUAUCACAAAGUGAUCAUAGAAAUACCCUCUAUUCAUAUAUAAGAAUAAUACAGAGGAGAAAGCAUGAUGUAGCUCUGCUAUGCUCCAGAAGCCCCCUGCAGUCUGCUUAGUGCUACAGGGGAGAGAUGAGAGCACAUAUGUCAACAGCGAAAGAUACAGCAGGAGGCCUGUCUCUAGGAGUCUAGUUUCAUCUCUGUCGUUUUAGCCCAGGCUCAUUAGGAAGGCACUGUUCAUUACAACCUGAACAAUAGCUGCUCGUACCACGGGUUCCUGUGCUUGCUGUGUGGGACUAUCUUCCCAUGCAGUAGUGUGAACUAUCACAGUUCCCACCUCCCAGGAAUCUCUAUGUUCUGAUGUCUCUAGUGUCAGCCGUAAGGACACACACUCUUAAAGCCGUGGCAAUGGCUCAGCUUGAACAGGCUGCUGCGUUCAGAGAUCACAGCGACCGUUUCAGCUGGUGGUGCCUUGGCCAAAGUUAGUGUCUUGUUCGUCUCAGUUAGACACACUUGUAAAAUCUGUGGAGGGACAGAAUCAGCCAGGUCUGUGCAUUAGACCGUGGGGUACAUGGAGCAUGAUGGGAAGCAGCAGUACAUUCCUGCUUUGUGCAUCUCUAGCCUGUUUGACCAUGUGCACGUUCUGGGGAGGGCAUUAUUUACAACAGCCUCUCAGAUGUCAGACACGUCACGCUCUCCUGCCACUCCGAUUUGGACUGCAACCUUUGUACUCCGCUUUCGUACACGCAUUCUCUAUCUAAACUAGGGUUGCCAACCCUCCAGGAUUGUCCUGGAGUCUCCAGGAAUUAAAGAUUGAUCUUUAAUUAAAGAUUGUCAUGUGAUGAAACCUCCAGGAAUUCAUCCAACUGAAACUGGCAACUCCCUACUACCUGCUGUCUGCAUUCUGCUGCAGUAGGGGGAGCAGCUCUCUGGUGACAUUGUUAUCCAUGUACUUUGGCUGUUUUGCUCGCAACGGGGCUGCUGUGUUAUUGCAUAUAAUGUGCUGAAUGGGAUUCACUCUCUUUCUCACUUGUACACACGCAAUGUGUAAUCUACUCUCAGGCUAAUGAGAAAUGGUAGCCAGGCACCAAUUUGUACAGUGUUCGUGUGAUCUGGGUUUGAAACUAAUCCUUAUUUGGACGGUGGCAAAGCUAUACGUGCAAUACCAUGGAGGUGUCCUGAAAUGGAUACUGCUGCUAGUGCCAGGCAUCGUGCCAUGCUGUUGUAGGGUGACCCCAGAACAUUGCUUCACAGCAGCAUUGCAUCGUGGCAGAGAGGCCUUGCAUCAUGCUGGGCUGCGUGGCUUUGCGACAUGGUGUUGUGACGUAGCACACUCACAGGGUGCUGCUGUUACAUCGCUUGGUGACAACAGUGUGUGUGCUGAACGUGCAUCACAACACAGCAAGCUCACACCACACUGUUCACUAAUUAAAUAUUCAGAGGGGGCAGGGCUCGAUUGCAAAAAUAAAUUGCUCAUUGGAUUCCAGAGCUUGGGACCUUCUGGAUGAGAGCAGGAUUGAAGCUGGGUUAAAGUGUUUGGUCUGGGUUAAAAAAAUCAACAACCACAAACUCAUGACAAGUGUCUCCCUGAAGCACAAAUCUCACAAACCCACCAUAAAGAAGAACGGUUGUCUUUAGUGAACAGCAGCACCCGCUGCUGGCUUCUCAUUGUAAAUUACAUACAUUGUAUGUGCUCUUCUGGCUUUUCCUUUUUAUACUUUGGGGCAGGGGGUAUGUGUGCGUUGAAACGAUUUGGUUUAGUGUAUAAUGAGAAAUGUCAGUUUCCUCCUCUAAUCCUGUUGUGGGAGUGAAGAAUGAACCCAACUUUGUAAAAACUCCUUUUCUUUGUAUACUAGUUUUAGGAAUGCUAAGCACUGGCUGCUGUUUUCACUUAGUCACAGGCAGCACAAGCAGAAGGUUGGAUGCCAGAGUGGGCUCUCUCGUAUGGUCUCUGAGAGCAGCAAAUCUUCAGCAGCAGAAGUGGGCUGGUAGAGGUGGUCUCUGCCUGUUCGCUCAGGGCAGUAAACCCCCCUAAAUCCAGCCUUGGGGGCUGACACUCUAAGACUCAUUGCAUCUUUUCUGCUGGAAACUUUAAGUCAGUGAGCUCAUAUUGCCUAUUGCCAUGUAAACCCUUCUGCAACCUUUGUCCUGCUGUCAGCCCUGCCUCCCUUCUCUCUAAAGGAUGCUUAAGAAACAUACCACACCCACUGUCUGCAAGUUAAUAGUCUGGGCGCCUCUUCAAGGAAGCCAAGCUAUUAUCUGCUUGUAGGGCCAGUCUCAAAACCUGUGGGGUCCUAGGUGAAAUCUGCCAGGGGGUUGCCUUCUGGCCUGGUUCUGCUGAUGGAAUGGGAAUCGAGCAGUACACUGCCUCCCCUUCCAUUCCCGCUGGAGAAUGAGUUGCUGGGUUUACAUAGGGUCCCGAGCAGUUUCUCUCAUGCUUUGUGCCUCACAUUACUGUUUGUGCAUGAGACUCUGAGUUAUUCUGUGCAGCUGGACCAUAAUUACAGCAUAAAUGUGGUCUAGCUUUUUGUGUGUUGGACAGUCACACAGACUAUCCUGGCCCUGUGGCAUAAAUCAGUCAUUCAGUUGUCCAUAUCAAAACUGCACAGUGGCUGCAGCUCUCUGACAGUUCUCCCAGAACUGAAACUAGAAAUGUUAGCAGCAAAUCCUCCUGCAGCAGUGCUACAGUUCCCACCAGAGAACUGAGUGCCACCCCAUCUGUUGGGAGGUAGAGCCGAGCACAUCCUUCCCCAGCAGUAGCAGGCCAAAUGCUGUUCUCAUUUACACCACUGAAGUCCAUCGGUCACACCGGUGUACACGAAAGCAGAACUUUGUGCAUGUCUCACCCACCCUUGUGAAUCCUUCUGAAUAUGUUCAUGGCUUCUCUGCGUGAGUGCUGAAAACAGCCAGGACAAAGAAGAGGCCAAGGGCCCUACAGAGUAAGUCUACAUCCAGCACUGGUCCUGUUGGAGGGGGAAGAUCACCAGUGAAGUAAAUUUGGUAUUGUCUCCCGCAGCAGUUCUGUUGACAGCAUUGUUCAUUAGACUGAAAGACAGCUGGUUGGUUUUGGUUUUGUAAUAAAAUAGAUAAACGUUG